CAUAUUCUGUAAGUUUUUCUGUCCUGGAAGCAUAGAAUUCUAGUUUGAAGUUGUACUGCUGUAAUUAAUUUCAUCCUAAACCUUAUUUAUGAGUAUUGGUGGUCCAUGACACUAGGUUCUCUGUUGUUAGUCAUAUGAAUUUGGAUUCUGGGUUCCUAUCACUAGAGAACUUCAAAGCUGCCCUUUCAAGUAUCCAAAGGCAGCCAAAUGUGGAAUGUUUAAAAGGUUAAUGCUGUUGCCCCAGGGUUCAUUGCAUCUGAUAUGACUGCUAAGCUUGGGGGAGACAUUGAGAAGAAAAUCUUGGAAACCAUCUCCCUGAAACUCAUUUUGAAUCGUUUAACAUGACUCGAAUUGUGAAUCAUGCGAUUCACCAUCGAUUCUGUCCCAAAAUAGAUUCACAUCGAUCUAUGCAUGAAUCAUGAAUUGAAUCGUGAAUCAAAUCACGAAUUGUAAGAUAUUGAUAAGAUAGGUACUAUUUUCAACCACCAUUUUACCUCUUAAUUAAUGGGAACAGUAGGCCGUUAUUGCUGUUAGAGAUAGACUUUUGUUUUGUGGAAGUUCAGUUUUUGAGUGGAUCUAGAGUUGACUACGAUGCUCCUGGACACUCAUGUACUACUAUGCUUUACAGUGCUGAUGGAAAUAGAUUGUUCUCUUGUGGAACGGGUAAAGAUGGGGAUUCUUUCCUUGUUGAAUGGAAUGAAAGUGAAGGAGCAAUAAAGAGGACAUACUCUGGGUUCAGAAAGAAAUCUGCUGGUGUUGUGCAGUUUGACACAACUCAAAACCACUUUUUGGCCGUGGGUGAAGAUCAGCAAAUAAAGUUUUGGAACAUGGACAAUAAUGACAUUCUCACUUGUAUGGAUGCAGAGGGUGGACUUCCGAGUCUUCCUCGCUUGAGAUUCAACAAGGAAGGAAAUCUUCUCGCUGUUACUACAGCAGACAAUGGAAUAAAGAUACUCGCUACCACUGCUGGUCUUAGAUCUUUAAGAGUAGUUGAAGCCCCAUCCUUUGAAGCAUUAAGAUCACCUAUUGAAUCUGCUGCAAUUAAGAAUGGAGUUGAUCCUAUGGCUAGAAACAUGGAAAAGCCAAGAACUUUGGAUGAUGUAACUGAUAAAACCAAACCCUGGCAGUUGGCCGAAAUUAUAGAUCCUGCUCAAUGCCGGCAGGUUACCAUGCCAGACAGUAUGGAUGCAGUCAACAAGGUUGCUCAACUACUCUAUACAAAUUUCGAUUUUGGUGUUUUGGCACUUGGGUCUAAUGGGAUUCAGAAGUUAUGGAAGUGA